UUUCCUUCAUUAUUUCUCACACACUCCAUUGCCUACCUUCUUCCUUCAUUAUUUCUCACACACUAGACUCCAUUACUAACAUUCUUCCAUUGCCUAACACAUUUUUUCCUUAUCCCCAAAAUAUCCCUUAACGCUCUUAAAUUCAAUUGCUUUAAAUAACCAUCAUAAUUAUUAAAUCCAAUUUAUUCAAAUAACUAUUAUUUUAAAUUUAACACGUUGCUUGACGUGUGUGUACCCACUUCUAGUAUAUAUAUGGGGGUUGGGCAAUGAGAAAUGUGACAAAGAGGGUAGAGGAAUGGAAGGUGAGGUGGUGAGUAACACAAGAGGGGAGUUUGGUGGUUCACUCCCAGUUGAGAAUGUACAAGCACUUGCUUCUUCCGUCAUCACCAACUCCUCCAAGGACAUACCACAUCGGUAUCUCCGACCGGAGGUCGAGUUCGAUCAAGUUUCAGCCGACGAGUCUCUGCAAAUUCCGGUGAUUGACAUGACCAAACUUCUCGUCAAUAAUGAUACUGAUCAAGCUUAUGAAUCUGCAAAACUUCAUAGUGCUUGUAAAGCUUGGGGCUUCUUUCAGUUGAUGAAUCAUGGGAUAUCAGAAGCAAUAGAGGAAAUGAAGAAGGAGACAGAGGAGUUUUUUAAGCUGUCAUUGGAGGAGAAGAUGGUGUGUGCACAGCUACCAAAUAGCAUAGAAGGUUAUGGGCAAGCAUUUGUGGUGUCUGAAGAUCAAAAGCUUGACUGGGGAGACAUGCUCUUCCUUCUCCCCCUUCCACUCCCUCUAAGAAAUCUAAGAUUCUGGCCUACCACUCCCCCCUCUUUCAGAUCAACAUUGGAUAGGUACUCUUCAGAGCUGAAGAGAGUUGCAAUCAGCCUCUUGAGGAUGAUGGGUAAAAACCUUGGGCUAGACCAGGAGGCAUUCACAGCCUUGUUUGAGGACUGUGUGCAAGGAAUUAGGAUGAAUUAUUAUCCACCAUGUGAGCUUGCAAGCAAGGUCAUGGGCCUCACACCCCAUUCUGAUGCCACAGGACUCACCCUUCUGAUUCAAGUCAAUCAAGUCCAGGGGUUGCAGAUCAAGAAAGACGGUGAAUGGGUUCCCAUUAAACCCCUUCCAGGUGCAAUUAUCAUCAACAUUGGCGACAUUUUGGAGAUACUAAGUAAUGGAGAAUACAGCAGCAUUGAGCACAGAGCUGCGGUGAACACAGAAAAGGAACGGCUCUCCAUCGCUGGAUUCCAUAGUCCAAACUUGAAGGCCAUGGUUGGUCCUUUCCCUGAUCUAGUGAAUGAAGAGAAUGCAGCAAAAUACAAGACCAUCAGCCAUGAGGACUAUGUGAAACUGAUCAUCAGCAGUAAACUUGAUGGUAAAAGCCUACUGGAUCAUAUGAGAAUCACACACUGAAAGGGGGAAUUGUGCACCGUGACCAAGCCCCUUGUAUUUAUUUUUCUUAUAUUGUUCAGCUUUGAUCCAAGUUGUCGUUUACCAAAAAAAUGACCUUGCAAUGUCUACCAGAUUGUCCAAGCCAUACUUAUUUCAAAUAAACAUGAAGACCUUCAUUCAUAGUAGCAGAAUAUGAAGUACAUCAGUUCAAAACA